GAGAGAGAGAGAGAGAGAAUGCAGAUUCGGGUGAAGUGCAGUUGCGGAGAGAGCAACUGCCCAGAAUGGGCGGUGGUGGAAUUGCAAGGGAUGGUGGAGGUGCAGUCCCAAUUUCAAGAUCGCCUCCACAACCUCCACAUCGGCCUCCUCUGCCGCCCUUCCGCCUCCUCCCAGGACCAAACCUACACAUUUACUGUUGGGUAUCACGAAUUGACAGGAACCAAACAGCCCUUGAAGAAGCCACUCUUGGUCUUAAGGAAACUCAAGCCCUCCCGAGACGCAGGGGUAGAAUUGGAAGUCAUCGGAAUUAUUCGCCACCGGAUUCUGUUCAAGACCAGACCUAUGGCCCUCAUUUCCAAACCACAACCAGCAGUGAAGAAGAAUAAGGGCAGCGAGCAAAUAGCAGCUCAGUUCAACUCCGUGCCUUGAAAAACUGAAGCAGCUUCUUCAAAUGCAUUCCUUGCGAAGGAUGUCAAAGAAAGGAAACAAAUGUAUUCAAAUGAUCCAUUGUCCCUAUUGUUUAUGUGUUACUAUUAUCAUUAUUCAAGUCCCUGAAUCUUGCUUCUGAUU